AGGCUAUGUCAAUGGAGUGCCUUCAGAAUAUAGCAAAUCUAAAUGCUAAGAUUCAGGAAGAGAAACUUCGAAGAAAGAAGCUGAGAAAGGAAUUUGAACAGCAGCUCGAGGAACUGAUGCAAAAGCAUAAGGAGCUAAUGGAAUUUCACACACCCCAGAGGCUGCUUAAAGAAAUCAACAAUUUGAUGAUUACCAAGGAACAGCUCCUGGAGGAAGAAAAGUCUGUUCAGGAGAGACUGGAUGUUCUGGGGAAGCAAAUUGCUAAUCUGCCUGCCUUCAAGACCAAGGAAGAGAUGAUGAGUGAGGGUACCGAGAGUGCCUUCCUCCACAGCAAGGAAGCUGCUGCUACUAUGCACCUUUUUGAAGAGGAAAAUAAGAAAGCCAUGGAAUUCCUGGAGGUAGCCUCUCAAAACUACGAGAUGGUGAUACAGAAAUCCCUCAGAAAAAAGCUGGAGAUGGAAACUUCUGACCAACAUAAAACCACAGGAGCUGAUGGUGUCAUAGAGGCAGCUGCUGAAGGAGCCUGUGCUAUGGUUGUUGAGGGGGCCAUGGGACAGGUAAAGAUCCCAGGGAAUUAUGAAGUCCUCAAAGACAGUGGAAAAGGAGGAGAAUAUUGACUUCAGCUCAGAAAAAAUGUCCUGAUGAGCAAGCCUAAGUCUUGUCCUAGAACCUCACAGGAAGCUCACUCAGUUGCCCAAGGAAGGAGCUUCAGCCUGUUCUGAACCAAACCAAGAGAGACGGUGAUGGGCCCUUUAGUCCCAUCUCAACCAUAGGGGACCCGAUGUUAUGAUCUUCUGAAUAAAAAAAGUUUGUUAUCUUC